AUGGCAGUCAUUUCCAGGCUUCAAGAGGCUCUUAGCCGUAGGCAAACCAGGACCGAGGAUGAGGUCGUAGCCGUCCCCGAGCCGACACACGACAAGACUGCCGCUGCGGAAGCUGGUGAAGUUCCUGACGAGAAGCCGGUCGAUGACAUACCAAGUGACAACGUUCAACAUGGAGUUAAACUAGCCCAGGCCUUAUCACUUACCUGGAACAAGAGCUCACUAGUUGCCAUCUUCAUCUUCAUGUGGUUUAUUUAUCUUACCAACGGUUUCCAGAGCUCGGUUCUAUCCAGCUUGACCCCAUAUGCAGCGAGCGACUUCGAAUCCCACUCUCUACUGCCAGUCAUCAACAUCGUUUCCAGUGCGAUGACAGCUUCGGUGUAUAUUCCCCUGGCCAAGAUAUUGGAUCUCUGGGGCAGAGCCGAAGGAUUCUUGUUAAUGGUUUCUUUUGCCACAUUGGGCAUGAUUCUGUUGGCCGCUAGUCAAAAUCUGGCCACCUACUGUGCAGCGACGGUGUUCUGGAAUGUUGGUUGGUCCGGCCUCAUCUAUAGUAUCGAUGUCAUGACAGCCGACUCCACCAAGCUGAAGAAUCGAGGCUUGGCUUUCGCCUUCACAUCGUCGCCCUACAUCAUCACGGCGUUUGCUGGACCUAAAGCAGCUGAGGGUUUCCUCGAAAAAGUUAGCUGGCGCUGGGGCUUCGGGUGUUUCUCAAUCAUUCUACCUGUCGUGGCUGCGCCCUUGUACAGCGUCUUGAAGUGGAACAUUCACAAAGCCAAGAAGAGAGGCGUCCUUAUCCGAGAACCAAGUGGUCGAACAUUCGUCCAGAACAUUUGGUGGGGCAUCCUCGAGUUUGAUGUGCUUGGCGUUGUUCUAUUCGCCUGUGGCCUCGUUACCUUCCUUCUCCCAUUUACUCUGGCCAGUACUGCCCCCAACGGUUGGUCAUCUGGUUAUAUUAUUGCCAUGAUCGUCACAGGCUUCGUUGUUCUCGUCCUGUUCUUGCUCAACGAGCUCUUCCUGGCACCGGUUCCGUUCUUCAAGUUCGAAUUCUUCGCGGAUAGAACCGUCAUGGGUGCUUGCUUGCUGGACAUUACAUACCAAAUCGCCUAUUACUGCUGGAACAGCUAUUUCACAUCCUUCCUGCAGGUCGUUAACAACGUGUCCGUAUCCGAAGCAGGAUAUAUCGGCAACACCUUCGACGUCGUUUCUGGUGUUCUUCUGUUCAUUGUCGGAUAUUCCAUGUCCAAGACGGGUCGUUUCAGGUGGCUUUUGCUGAUUGCAGUACCACUAUACACCUUUGGCCAAGGCCUGAUGAUCUAUUUCCGUCAGCCAGGUCAGAGCGUUGGAUAUCUCAUCAUGUGCCAAGUCUUUACCUCCAUCGGCGGAAGUGUCUUCAUCCUCUGCAUGCAGGUUGCUAUUCUUGCAGCAGUUGACCACCAACACGUUGCCGCUGCUCUUGCAGUGUUGAGUGUUUGCGGCAACAUUGGCGGCUCCGUUGGCAACACCAUCUCGGCUUCCAUUUGGACUAAUACCUUCGAGAUGGCACUCGAACGUUACCUUCCGGAAUCUGCGUUGGAGAGUAUCGGGGAUAUUUACGGCGAUCUUGAUGUGCAGCUAAGCUACCCCAUGGGCAGCGAUGAGCGGAUUGCUAUCCAAAAAGCGUACGGAUAUGCGCAGACAAGGAUGCUUGCAGCAGGCACUUCUAUUAUGAUUUUCGGCUUUGUUGCAUUGUUCAUGAUCAAGAACUACAACCUCAAGAAGAUGCACCAGACCAAGGGUCUCGUUUUCUAG